AUGAAUUGGCUGUGCCAUCUUACGCUUCAACAUCUACGAAAUUCCUCGGAGGGGUCGUGGUUACAUCGCUGCGCCCUAUUUAUUGAAGAUUUUCACAAGUUGGAGGCUUCUAUAUCUCCUCAUUUGGAAGCUCGGCAGAACUGUAUCUCUAUUCAAGAGCUUCAAGAGCAUUACGGCUUAGAGCUCCAUCGAAAUUUUGUGCUGUCUACCUUCUGCCGGCCGAUCCUGUCAACAAAGACAGGGGGAUCUUGUUCUGACAGAGAAUGCUCACAGAUCUUGAGUCGGUUUCAAACUGCUUUGAAAAAAAGUGUUCGUGCAUUCAUCAGGCUGCGUUCAAUAUCGAGCCAUACUACGUCAUCAUGGGCUUUCAUCCAUAAUGGGCUCUCCUCUGCGUUACUAUUGAGUUUUAUAAGACAUGAAUCCGACGCUGAUGAAACACGACAAAUUCAGAUUGAACUAAUGCAAAGUCUGACUGAGCGCAGCGAAGACGUGGGACAAUUCUCUACUACACAUAAGAAGGCUCUGAAGGCAAUACAAGCUUUACAAAGACUAGCCGAACAAGAUGAAAAUAGAGCCCAGCCUCUGAUUUCUUCAAAUGAGCGUCAGCCAACAAGCCUUUCAGAUGGAAUCGAAACCCUAUUCGACUCCUUGAAUGCCUCUCAGGAUCAAAGUAUGCUCAACAUGGACGAAUGGCUUCGCAACUUUGAUUUUGACGCCUUCUCUCCCUUAGAAUCGUAUAACCUCAUCAUGUCGGACAAAGUACCGCCAGAUGCAAAUGUGUAG